AUGUCUCCUGUGCCUUCAUGUCCUCCAGAAGACAGGCCCUCACGCCCUCAAAGAUCUGAGCUGAGGGCUCGCCAAGUAUCUGAUUACUCUACGUCCGAAAGAACUUCUACGUCCUCUGGGGCAACACAAGGAUAUAGAGACCCAGUGUGUUCCAGCCCAACUUCUCUCGCCGCUGUCAUGUCUGCAUUUCAAUCUGCUGGUGCUCGCAAACGAGCAAUGACUAACGGAAAAGAGGAUGUUGAAUAUGAACGUGAGAAGCAGAAAGAGAUGGAGAUGGAGAAGCUGAGACAGGAGCGGAUCAAGGAACGUAUGCCAGGAAGAAAAGCAACAGGCAAGGCUAAGGCGGGUGACAUCGAUGUUGUAUUGGACGAGAUAACAGACGAAUGGGAGUUUGUCAUCGAUCCAGACUUUAAUAAUGUAGAUUUGGCACUUUCACUGCUUGGUGAUUCGCCAGUUGGCAAAGACAUGGAUUCAUUCCGGCAAACGAAAGCCACCCUAUCUAAAGCGUUGAAGGGAUCGGUUGAUAAACACUAUCAAGCUUUCGCCGCCGCCCUCCCCCAUCACGCUUCUCUGAUAAAUUACCUUGGUUUGACUCAGACACAAAUUUCCGAUACUCGUUUUGCUCUUCAAGAAGCUAGAGAUGCUCUAGGCAGUAAGCGAGCUGACUUAGUCCAAUUGUGGUCAAGGAGUCAAACUUUGGAAGAAAUGAUGCGAAUUCUUGAUCAAAUUGAAAAUCUAAAGUCAGUACCGGACCUGCUGGAGACUCUAAUGUCAGAAAAACGGUUACUACAAGCAUCGAUUCUUUUAGUGCGAAGUUUGAAAAUGAUAAAUACACAAGAUAUGCAAGAAAUUGGGGCAGUCGUUGAUUUACGAAGUUAUCUUAGUGGCCAGGAAAUGGCUUUACGAGAGAUACUGAUUGAUGAACUCCAUAAUCACUUAUACCUCAAAUCAUUCUGGUGUGAAUCGCGCUGGGUGGCAUAUACUCUAAAUCAGCAGAACUUUCCUCGAGUCGAAUUCGAGGAUGAACCACCGCCAUAUGUUCCGGAACCAGAAUCUACGCAGGAACCGUUAGCAGACAUCAACAAGUCGUCUCGAUUAUCUCGAUUUCUCAGUGGCCUUGCUAUGCGACCAAACGAUCCCCCUCACGAUAUUACCGAAGCAAGCUUUCAAAGCAGUGAUUCACCCCAAAUAUCAUCGUCGUCAUCUUUGCCCUCCAAUUUAUCUUUCUCCAAUAUUUCCUCGCUAUUUCCUUUUUCGUCGCAAGCGUCACAGUCUAAUGCCAACCCCGAGUCGGAUUCCUUUACGUAUAUUGAAACUCUAUUAGAGUCAUUUGCUGUACUGGGGAAGCUUGGCAGUGCUCUUGACAUGGUUGCUCAAAGGCUGCCAAGUGAAAUCUUCGCACUAGUGGAAGCCACUCUAGAUCAGGUCGAAGAGCGAGCAGAAGAAGCGAAGAGAGUAUCUAUGUUUGGUUUCGGGGAUGCCAGUCUCAGGAGGUCAGAGGGAGGCUAUGUCUUCGUGGUGGGAGACCCUACGGCAGGAAUGGGCUUCAGUGUAAUAGGAUCCUCUAUGGCAUCCAAGGGUAAUUCUCUUCGCGCCUCCUCGCUGAGGUUAGCGGCCUUGGAAUCUUCGACUAGAUAUGCCGAUCAAGAAACCCUUAAAGACCUCUUUUGGACUCUCUAUUCUAAGCUGGAUGCUGUUACGCAGGGUUUGAGAGCGAUUUAUGAGGUCACAAAACGAAUAGGCUCGAGACGGGACUUCAAAGACUCAUCUGGUGCCAAACCAGGUGCUUUGUUUCCGCUUGCUGAAAUGUGGCUUCCCGUCCAAGCAGAGGUUAGAACCCUUCUACAUGACUACUUAACGAACGACGGGCAAAGUUCAGUAGCGGGACGGAAUCCAAUAUCUUCCAUUAACGAGGUUCUGCGUGAUGGCAGAUUUAACAGGGAUAAGAGCAAGACUGUGUUCCGUUUUGCCGAUACAGAUACAAAACUCACAAAUAAGAUCCUAAAAAAGCAUGAAGAUGAACUUGCGCGUGCUCUCAAGGACACGAUGCCAGGACUUGUGCAAAACUCUACAGAAAGCACGGUCCAGGCUAUGUUAUCUACUGUCGGAACAGAUGAUCGCUUGACAGGUCUCAGCCAACACCAUCGUUUGCUAAUCCGACCGGAUGCAUUUCAUGUCAGUGUUCUUUUCCAGCCCACACUAACUUUCUUGAGCCGUAUAUCCGAGAUAUUGCCUUCCGGGGUCGAAAGUACUCGUCCAGCCAGCGAAGUUUUGGACAAUUUUGUCUUGAAAGUGUAUUUGCCUCAGCUUGAGGAGAAGGUCUCUACACUUUUCCAUCAAGCAGUGACUGGUCCCGAGGCAUUUCAACCUGAUCCUUUAUCGAUGCGUAUCAGUCUUCAACCUCUAUUGAAGGCAAGUACACAGCUCAUAGCGCUGAUAAAUUCUUUGUGCGCCAUGCUUCGAAGCACCCCCUUCCAUCGUGAAAACUAUUCAAGGCUCAUCCUUAGCGUCAUCAUACAAUUCUAUCAGCGUUGUAGUGACCGCUUCUACGAUCUAGUAUCUACAUGUUGGGGUUCUACCCAAUCUUCUGCUUUAGCUGCGCAAUGGGCUCAAAAAUCAGAAAUAAGCUUGUGCUUGGCAGAGCUAUUUUCUACAUCAGAAGCGAAUACCAGUAGGCUAGAACACCUUUGUCGUCAAGAAACUCACUUAGAGUCGAGCUUCCUGGUACAAGGCUCAGUCAAUAAAGGCGAUAUCGUACCUUCGACUCGGAAUCUCGCAGCGCUGUGUGCUUUAUACCGCAGUCUAGCGUGGUUUACCACAGAGUUGAACUCUUUGAAAGCUGGUCCAGGAGGCGUACUCUCUCCCACCAAUCCAAAAUCACGGCUGGAGCCACUGAGCCCUGCUACAACGAGCUUACAUGCUUUGCUUUCAAAUAUAUCUGACGAGCAGUUGGGCCUCCCUUUGACGCGUGAAAUGGCUUUACGUUUCGGAGCGUUAAUUCAAACUUACAAUCAGCUAGCUGAAAUCAUCCUACACACUAUUAGGAUUGACAUUCGUUGUCGUGUUAUACAUUAUCUAGAUGCUGCUCUGCGACAUGGGAACUAUUCUGUAGAUCAUGAAGCAGGAGAGCCUGACCCUUACAUCAUCGACCUGAAUGCCGAACUUGGAGCAUGUGAUGACCUCGUCUCGGCCACUUUGCUCAAAGAAGAAUGCUGCUUCAUAUUUGUAGGACUGGGACCUCUUAUGGAGCAUCUUUUAAUUUCAAAUGCCCGAUAUAUACGCUUUGCUAACAAGUUUGGCAUAAAGAAAAUCAUACGAAAUAUCUUAGCUCUACAGCAAAGUCUCAAAACUGUCGCUAACGGGCAACAGCACACAGAGUUUGAACGAGCGAAAGCUUAUUAUUCGCUUUUCUUCUUACCCCCUCAGGAUAUGCUGAAUGGCAUCCGACAGAAGAAGAAGUUCAACUUUGACGAGUAUAAGGCCAUACUGAAUUUGCAGUGUGGUGUCGAUCAAGGAGAAGACGAAGCCACGGCGUCCCGAGCUGCAGAUCGCAACUACAAUAUGUAUACUAUAGAGUUGCGCGGUUUGGAGAUGGAGAGUUCCAUAGAUAUAGAGGAGGCAUGAGUACAAUCCAAACAUAGGUUAUAUUUAUUCCACUGUAGUUAUUGUCAAAUACAUCAGUUAACUAUAGUAGUGUUUUGUCUAAUUGUAGUACUCGCUUUCCAUGUCCUGACGUACUCUUUUCUUGCGCCCCACGUAUCCAAUCCAUAUUUUCCUCGCUUGCGUGAGGGAGAGAGGCUAAAUGAGAACUUGAAGGGAAAAUUGCAUAUGAGGGCAAGGAAAUUUCAUAUCUGGCACUCUUUCCAUUUUCCCCUGAUAUAUGAAUUUGCUUCAGGAUAGGCAAUUUGGCGAGGAGCUCCUGAUACCGUCUCCGGAGCCAUCUGGGCCUAUUUGUUUUAUCCUUAGUUAUGCCCUCGUGUGUUAUGUCGUGUCUUCGAAAGGCACGUAUCUCCUUGGUUAUGGGAUUUUUCCAAGGCUGCCCUGCUAGCUUUGAAAGCUCCCAGAAAACGUCAGUUUUUUCAAAACCGGUAUUCAAUGAAGCUUCCGCAGGUCCAUCUUGUAUGCCCUUUUCAUAAUCAGGGAAGUCAUUGAUGUGAAUUUGUAAUGGAGGCAGGACUUUCUUCCAUUCGCGAACAAAGUACCGCCACCGAAUGUUCACUUCUCUGCGUUUACUAAAAGGGCCCA